AUGGGUUAUAUAGGCACCAACACCAGAGAUAAAUUAAAUAUUAAUCCAGAAACAAGUAUUGACGGAGCUGAAACACCAGCUGAACAAAAACAAUUAAAACAACAAUUAUCACUUGAUCUUGGUGCAUUACUAGCACCAAAAAAUGAUUAUCAAAUUGUCAUACCAGAUAAUGAAGUAGCUGAUGAAACAGCUGAUUAUCAAGACGAUAAUAUUAUUGAAGAUCAAGCUGAUAUUGAUGCUAGAAAACAUGAAGAAUAUUUACUACAACAAAAGAAAGAAUUAGAAAAAAGAUCAAAAGUUAUACAAAGAAAUUUACCAAGACCAUCUGAGGUAAAUACAGAUAUUUUUAGUGAUAGUGGCUCAUUAACUGAUCUUCAAAAAGCUGAAGAAUUAAUUAAAAAAGAAAUGAUUGGUAUUAUGCAAUAUGAUGCUGUUUUAAAUCCAGUUCAACAAAGUAAUACAAAACGUGGACAAACAAUAAUUUCACAAGCUCAAAAGUAUAUUGAAAAUUAUCCAUAUGAAGAUUAUGGUAAAGAAAAUUUAGAUAGUGCUAGUAAAAUGAUUGCUGAUGAAAUGCAAAUUGUUAAAGAAGGUAUGGCACAUGGAGAAUUGAGUAUUGAUGUUUAUACAACUGUAUGGGAAGAAUGUCUUGGUCAAAUAUUAUAUUUAGAACCACAAAAACGUUAUACAAGAGCAACACUUGCUAUUAAAAAAGACAGAAUUGAAGCAUACAAAAGAAAAUUAGAACAAAAUUGCAAUCAUAUGGUUCGUGAAGCUAGACUUGCUGCUAAAAUGGAAAAUAAAUUAAAAAUAUUAACUGGUGGUUAUCAAACACGCACAAUACAAUUUGAACUAUCAACAUUUAAAUUUCUUCAAAGUCAAGAAGAUGCUGCUUUGACAAGAAGAGUUAGUUGCUUGACUGAAGAUCUUUAUAGACAAGUUGAACGCGAAAAAUCAUUACAAACAAUAUAUUUAGUACUUCAAGAAUUACAUAUUAAGUAA